GUGACGUGGUCGUUCGCAGCGAAACCCGCUCCACCUCAUUCACAGCCGCCAGCAAACGUGAAGCAGCACAGCUCAGGCCCUCCCGUGGGCCGCAAGUCGUCGUUGGCCGGGCAUGGUUCAUCCUCCUCUUCUGGCCACACAAGUCCUUCAGAAUCGCCGGCUCGAUCCUUAGCAGGUGGGUCAUCGUGCGGUGAAGGCGAGCGCUCGCUAACGACACCUCCUCUUCCACCAGCUCUCAAGCAUAACCCGACAACCACUAGUAGCCGCAAG